AUGAAUUCUUUCUUCUGUGAAGAUACUGAAGAAGAAGAAAAACUCUUAAACAAUAUUUUAAAAAACACAGAAGAUAAAUUACCAGAAACAAUUGAAAAAAUAAUAACUUCUCAUUUAAUUAAAAACGAUAAGGAAAAUAAAAAGGAAGAAUUAAAUAUUAAAAGUGAAAGCAGUGAAAAUAUAUAUACAAAAAAAGGAAAUGAUGAAAACAGUAUAAUUGAUAAAUAUACAAAUGAAGAAAAGAUCAAUUUUAAUUUAGAAACAAAUAUUUUCUCUUUUCAUAUAAAAAAAAAUGGGAAAAUAAAUGCAGAUAUUUUCUUUAUACCAUAUAAAAGUGAAGAUGGGAAAGACAUAAUAACAAAGUAUGCUUAUAAUUAUGAUUAUUAUGAUAUUUAUUCGUUAAAUGUUGAAAAUAUUAAUAAAUGUAUUCACUCAAAUAAACGAAAAUUAGAAGAUAAUGAAAACUGCUUAAAUAUAAAUAAAAAAAUUAAAAUUAAAAAAGAAAUAGAAAAUGAAUCAAGUUACUCAAAAUUUUCUGAACAAAGAAGGGAAAAUUUUCAAAAAUUAUUAGUUCAUUUUAGGGGAAGAUUAUUUAUUGGUAAUAGUGUUAUUUAUUCCUUUUUUAAAACAAAAACAUAUUUAUCUAUGUUACAUAAUAAUGAAACUAACGAAAAUAAAAUUGAAGAAUUUCAUUUUGUUGACAAAAAAAUACAGACAUAUAACUUAAUUAAAAAGGCAACAUAUUGGAAGCAGGAUGAAUAUCCUGAUAUAUCUGAUACAAAUAUACAAAAACUUCUUUUUUUUUUAAUAAUACCACCAUUAUAUAACUACAAAUAUGAAGAAGAAUUAAGUAGUAAUAUUAUUUUUUAA